AUGCAGAUCCUAAACCUCAUAUCUGGUGUGCUGGCGAUCGCCAGCACAGCCAUAGCUGCUCCCGGUAGUACUUCCACUUCCACUUCCUCACAGCUGUCGACGACGGGUAUUGAGUCGCUCCUCCAACGCCGUCUUCCGCAACAUGCGCACAAAUUCGAGUUUAGCGUUGUGAAUGCAACAUCCCUCGGGGAGAAUGACGCGUAUACCGUAGCGAAUGCGGAAAAUGGCAGGAUUAAGGUUGAGGGCAGUUCGUUGAGUGCGUUGGCGACAGGAUUGCAUCGCUAUCUGGCUGAUGUUGCGCAUGUCGAUAUCUACUGGUUUAUAGGUAGUCGUCUUGAUCAGAUUUCCGCUGGACAGCUGCCGAAGUUGAAUGAGACUUUGACGGGAUCGAGCGUCGUGCCUUAUCGGUAUCAUUUCAAUACUGUAACAACAUCCUACACCAGCGCAUUCUGGUCCUGGGAAGACUGGGAGCUCCAACUCGACUGGAUGGCCCUGCGCGGCGUGAAUCUGCCUCUGGCCUGGAUCGGCGUGGAAAAGAUCUUCAUCGAAGUCUUCCAAGAGUUGGGUCUAACCGACGCUGAAAUCAGCGAUUUCCUCAGUGGACCGGCCUUUUUGGCAUGGAACCAUUUCGGUAAUAUCCAGGGGUCAUGGGGUAGUUCGUUGCCAUAUGCCUGGGUUGAUAGUCAGUUCGAUUUACAAAAGAAGAUUGUUAAGCGCAUGGUUGAGUUGGGUAUGACGCCCAUCCUGCCUGCGUUCCCGGGGUUUGUGCCCAGAGCGAUUACGCGUGUGCUCCCAGACGCGGAUGUUAUUAAUGGUUCUGCUUGGGAGGCGUUUCCAGCGAUGUUUACGAGCGACACGUUCAUGGAGCCUACGGAUCCUCAUUUCACUGAGAUUCAGAAGAGUUUCAUUUCCAAGCAGACUGCAGCGUACGGCAACGUCACCACUUUCUAUACUUUGGACCAAUUCAAUGAGAAUAACCCGUCCUCCGGCGAUUUGAAUUACUUGCGCAGUGUCAGCCACGGCACUUGGCAAGCCCUCAAAGCCGCUGACCCGAGUGCCGUGUGGGUGAUGCAGGGAUGGCUGUUUUUUAGUAACUCCGCCUUCUGGACCAACGAUCGCGUUGAAGCGUACCUGGGCGGUGUGACUGUUGAUUCAGACCUGUUAGUUCUGGAUCUUGCGUCCGAGUCGCAACCGCAGUGGCAGCGCACGAACUCUUAUUUCGGCAAGCCGUGGAUAUGGUGCCAGAUCCAUGACUACGGCGGUAAUAUGGGAUUCUACGGACAGGUUAUGAAUAUCACCGUCAACCCUAUUGCUGCUCUCAACAAUGCAACGGCUUCACUCGUCGGAUUUGGUCUGUCCAUGGAAGGCCAGGAAGGUAAUGAGGUUGUCUAUGAUCUCUUGCUGGAUCAAGCCUGGAGUGCGAAGCCAAUUGAUACGGCUACUUAUUUCCACGACUGGGUCACUGCGAGAUACGCCGGUAGCAAAUCCAUCCCAACCGACGUCUAUAGCGCAUGGGACAUGCUGCGAACGAGCGUCUAUAACAACACAAAUCUCGCAUCUAAUGCCGUCCCCAAGGCAAUCUUUGAGCUGAUCCCCAGCACAACCGGCCUGGUGAAUAGGACAGGCCACCAUCCAACAACCCUCAACUACAACCCAGCCGACAUGGUCAAAGCAUGGAGUCUAUUCUACAGCGCCGCCUUCAAGGAGCCCUCUCUCUGGCUCAAUCCGGCAUACGAGUUUGAUCUGGUCGACAUGUCUCGCCAGGUGCUAGCAAACGCGUUCAUCCCCGUUUACCACGACUUGAUCGCGGCUUGGAACACCACCAACCCUUCAACAAUCAGAAUCCAAAUCAUCGGCGCAGAACUAAUCGGCAUUCUGCAGGCUAUCGACACCAUCCUAGACACAAACGAGCAUUUCAAACUCUCUACCUGGAUCUCUGCAGCGCGCACAUCUGCGGGCGAACAAAGUCUCGAAGACUUUUUGGAAUACAACGCCCUGAAUCAAAUCACCCUCUGGGGUCCUACGGGCCAGAUUAGCGAUUACGCAUCCAAGUCCUGGGCCGGACUUGUAUCGUCAUACUACAUUCCGCGAUGGAAGAUGUUUAUUGAGUAUUUGGUCGACACCAAGCCGGCGCAGUAUAAUCAGACGGCGUUUAAGGCGGAGUUGUUGAAAUGGGAGUUGCAGUGGCAGAAUGACACGAUUGCUGCUGCUACGAAGAACGGCGCUGAAGAUAAUAAGAGUGCCGGGGGUGUUGAGUGGGUGUUGCUGGGAUUGGUUGGGUUGUGGAAGGAUAUUUUUGCAGCAUGA